UCUUCGUCCGCCCGGAUUGUGUUUCCGGUGCGAGCGUCACGGACAAGAUGGUGCCGCCGGUGCAGGUUUCUCCGCUCGUCAAGUUCUGCCGCUACUCCGCCCUGUUCCUCGGCGUGACCUACGGAGCCAAGCGCCACAGUUACCUGAAGCCUCGGGCGGAAGAGGAGAGGAGACUAGCCGCCGAGGAGAAGAAGAGGCAGGAUGAGCUGAAACGGAUCGAGAGAGAACUGGCAGAAGCCCGUGACGACAGCAUCCUGAAGUGAGCGCCCUCUCGGAGCAGUGCCAUGAAUAAAGCUCUGUGCUGUGUGAGGCUCUG